UUCGACAAGUUCCUGAUUAUUAUUUCCUUCCACGGAGAUCCUUACCAUAUUCCAUAGCCUUUUAUGGGUCAUGUAUUGCUGCCGGAGUUGGUGCAGGAAUGCUGCUCGAAGUAUGGAUCAACAAGAAGGUCAAAGAUGGAGGAGUCAUUUGGGAGUUUGACAAAUGAAUACUAGAUUAUUUUGCAGCUCUUUCGUCUGCUCCAUAGUUUUCCAAUUUCACUUUUCACGCCAAGUAGUUCACGCUGGCCUGGACAGUUCAAAAGUCUGUAUACAGGAUAAUAUAACAUUCUAUUUUGUAGCUAUACUAUUUGGGAGCAGAGUGCAACACAGAUGUUGGAUUUUGCAAAUUCUACUGAAAUGGAGUACUAUUUAGUCCCUGAUGGAAUAUGAGUAAAUAAAGAUUGUCUAUCUGGGAUGUUAAGUAGAAGUACCGCAACUAAAACACCGCAGUAAAAGAUAAAUAUUGUGUGCUACAUAUUUGGCCAGUUCUACGUAGGCAUCUUCUUAUUGUAUUUAAUUUAAUGGUCCUUCCACAGCCUGAAUGUUUUCUUGUGAUUAGGGAGUUGAUUAGUUGGGAUUGAUCUUGUUUUUCUUCUAUAUAAUCUUCUUCCAGCAUAAGUUACAGUGUCAUUCUUCAGCUUUUCUUUGUUUCUAUUAUAUAAGGACCGAGGUCAAGAACAUGGCAUUAUAAUAAUACCAUGUUCUUACAAAUAAUACAAGCAACAAAAAUAAAUAAAUGUAACGAUUAGGACUAAGGUAUCAUUUUUUAAUAUAAAGAGGGUACCAGAGUUGAUAUGAAAAUAUCAAAUAGACUAUUAUAAUUGACACUUCCAGAUCUAUUCAUUUCUUUAUUAAAGUAAUGCCUGCUGUGAGGUUUUUUUGACCAUGACCUACCUACUUUUCAUAGUCCACAUCAUAAAGCUCUUUCAAACUAAAAACUAAAGCGUGCAAAUUGACCAAAGCCAGCCAUUUUUUGAGGUGUGCUUCUCAACUUCCUCUACUAUAUAACCAAAACUAAAACUGGAAAUACAAACUCUUUGGGCAAAUCAAUCUAAACGAACAUCUAGAAGCCAUGAAACUUAUCUUCUUCAUCUGUUUUUGCCAUUUUCUUUUUCCUCUGUCCUAUGCUUUGAAUUCUUCAUGUCCAAUAAACUUUGAUUAUAUAAAAACCUGCAAAUGGGACACUUCUUUAUGCACAGAAGAGCCUUUGGAGAAGAGUUGCUGCCAAACACUCCGUAGUCUCUUUGGUAUAGGACUAGCACAACACCUCAAAGAAACAUCCAUGUUUUAUCUCCCAAAUGAAGAUGCUGCUCUUUCAUGUACUUCAGCCUUCAAAGCCAAGCUCUCUUCCAUGUCAAUUUCCCAAUCUUUUAUCUCCAAAUGCAUGAAUGAGACUAAUGAUUUUGUCGCUAAGCCUUCGAGUUGUGGAGGGAUAGUCUCAAUGAAAGAUUGGAUGGAAAAAGUAGGUCCCAAUAGCCUACUUGACUCAUCUUGUACUGGUGACCUUGGAGGGCUUACUAGGUGCAGCUUGUGUGUUGAUGCUGGUAUGAAGGUAAAUACUUAUUUGGUUUCUUUGAAUCCGAAUUCGACGAAUAGUAGAUGUUUUUAUUUCACCGUCCUUUAUGCUGCUGCUAUAGUUAGUGAAUUUGGACCCGAGGAUCCAAGAACUGCUGGUUGUGUUCUUGCCUUGCCCUUGGCUAACAAGGCUAGAAGAUCGCACCAUCUUAGCACAGAAACUCUGUUAAAAUUGGUUUUCGGGUUUUUGGGUGCUUUCUUUGGGAUUUUGGGUGCUAUAGGUUUUAUUAUUCUUUACAAGAAAUGGGAUAAAAAGAGAAAGCAAGAUGCAUUGCAUCAAGGGUAUGUGACUAGUGUUAAGUCCCAAAUUUUGCCUAACACUGGGGCUAAGUGGUUUCAAAUAGGUGAGCUUGAACAAGCCACUAAAGGAUUCUCCCAAAGGAAUAUGAUAGGUCAAGGAGGAAGUGGAAGUGUCUAUAAAGGGACCCUUUCUGAUGGUACUUUAAUUGCUGUGAAGAAAAUUCUUGAUAUGGAUAGUAAGGGUGAUGAGGAGUUUAUUAAUGAGGCUGAAAUUAUAAGCAAGAUUAGGCAUAGGAAUCUUCUUCCUCUAAGAGGGUUUUGUGUUACAAGUGAUAAUUUGAAUGGAAAAGGGAGGUAUUUGGUUUAUGAUUUUAUGCCAAAUGGUAGUCUAGAUGAUCACCUCUUCAACGUUGCAACGGAACGAUUAUCUUGGCCUCAAAGAAAGAACAUAAUUCUUGAUGUGGCUAAAGGGCUAGCUUACUUGCAUUAUGGAAUCAAACCUUCAAUUUACCACCGCGAUAUAAAGGCCACGAAUAUACUUUUGGACAUGGAUAUGAAGGCAAGAGUUGCAGAUUUCGGAUUAGCUAAGCAAAGCAAAGAAGGACAAACUCAUCUUACAACAAGGGUGGCUGGCACAUACGGAUAUCUAGCACCCGAAUAUGCUCUUUAUGGGCAGUUAACAGAGAAGAGCGAUGUUUAUAAUUUUGGCAUCGUAAUCCUCGAGAUCAUGAGUGGAAGGAGGGUUCUUGAUGCAACAAAUUCUUCUGCACUUUUGAUCACUGACUGGGCAUGGACAAUGGUGAAAUCAAGAAAUGUGGAAGGCGUUUUCGAUGUGUCGAUAAGGGAGGAAGGGCCAAAGAAAGUAAUGGAGAGAUUCGUUCAUGUUGGGAUACUUUGUGCUCAUGUCAUGGUAGCUUUAAGACCUACAAUUGAAGAUGCUUUGAAAAUGCUUGAAGGUGAUAUUGAUAUUCCAAGAUUACCAGAUAGGCCACUUCCCCUUGGCUUUGAGUCAGUUGAAUCAUACUCAUUACAUAGUGAUAGAUUCAGAGAUAUUUCAAUUAGCAGUAGCAGUAACAGUUUGUCAAGGUAUAUACCAAAAUAGAGAAGUUAAACCUUUUUCUGUUAUAAAUAUCCCAAAUAGUGGAUAUCCAUUAAGUUAUAAAUAUCCCAAAAUAUCCCAAAAUAUCUCAAAAUAUCCCAUGUCCUGUUGCUCCUAUAAAUAGGAUGCACAGAUGCAAUGUUGAAAGAGAAGAAGUAAUAUAUAAUUUGAUAUCUCUCUACAUAUUCUCUCUACAUAUUUCUUCUGUGUAUUUACUUCAUAGUUUUAUUUUAUAACACGUUAUCAGCACGAGCCUUAGCCAUCUUGAGCAAAUACUUUGAAAGUCUCGAAGGUGCAAUUCUUGGAAUUACACUGAGUACAAGUCGUUGCCUCACUGGAGAUAAAGUAAAGGACUUGCAGUACUUAUUUAGUCUAAACAGUUCAGGUAACAUGUUCCAAGUAUUUUUCUAUCUUUGUUUUGAUGGUUGAUUGUUGUUGACUUUAACAACUACGAAAAUUUUAAACUGAUUUUUGGGAGAAGCUCACCAUCAGCGUAGUAAGAACUAAGAAACAUGGC